GGAAAUAAAGUCAGGAGAAAGAAAGAGAAAUGUGACCGAGAUGGGGCAGUUGGCAGAGGCAGGAAGCGGAUAAAAAAAUGAGAGAGAGAGAACAAAGAAAUCGCGAUCGAGAGAGACAAACUGUGGACACAGCUUCACUUUUCGGGCUGUGGAAAAAACUUACAGAGCAACUCCGUUGCUGGAAUAGGAGGGAGGCGGCAUUAUUGCAAAGGGUUAGCAAAAGGAGCAAAUAAUCUUGUGGCUGCUGCCCAUGCUGAAGGGAAGAGGGGAUCCCCGUCAGCAAGAUCGAGGAAGAAACUGCCUGCCGGAGAUUGCAACAUUUCCAUAGCAAAGUGUGUUCCAAAGUUCUCUCUAGGAUCUCCUGGGCUGUAGCUCUUGGUGGGGAGAUCUCCCACCCAGGAAGGUUGCCCUAACUGUCACCCCUCCCGUGCAUGCUUUGGGAUUAUAGGUCAUUUUUGUUCAAACAACAAAACUAGCGGAUUUCAAAGUGAAAUUCCGGAGGAAAUUUAUAGAGCAUCCGGAUCCGGAGAAAGAGAAGAGGAAGGGAAAAAUAAAUAAAAACGUGGAGUGAAUCUAACACGAUCCAAGAAGAGACCAGGAAAAAAAAACCUGACACCGACUUGGAGAUGGGGAAAUGAAUCACUGAGGAGGCCAAACCAAGAUCUAGGAAGCUGCUGGAAGACUGAUGCGUACUAACUUCACUCCCUAACAGUCUGUCCAGCCGAUACUAACCAAUGUCAACAACUAGGUAACAACUUUCCUGUGUCUGUCUGCCCUGGGCCUGGGAUCAAUGGAGAGGAGCAUUAGUUUCCCACCCAGUGGAAAUUGUGCCUCGGAGAGGGAGCAGCCGAUCUUCAGCACUCGGGCCCACGUUUUUCAGAUCGACCCGGCCACGAAGCGCAACUGGAUCCCUGCCAGCAAACACGCCCUGACUGUCUCCUACUUCUACGAUGCCACGCGCAACGUGUACCGGAUCAUCAGCGUGGGCGGCACCAAGGCCAUCAUCAACAGCACCAUCACCCCCAACAUGACCUUCACAAAAACCUCCCAGAAGUUCGGACAAUGGGCGGACAGCCGAGCCAACACAGUGUACGGGCUGGGCUUCGCCUCAGAGCAGCACCUCUCCCAGUUUGCAGAGAAGUUCCAGGAGGUGAAAGAAGCAGCCCGUUUGGCCAGGGAAAAGUCGCAGGAUAAAACAGAGCUGACCAACCCCGCGCUGAACAUCACCUCUCCCCAGGUGCUGCCCAGCCCCGUCAUCAGCGCCAAUGGGCCGGGAGACGACAAGCUGUUCCGGAGCCAGAGCGCCGACGUCGAGAUAACGACGGAGAAGGAGCGGCUGAAGAAGAUGCUCUCCGAAGGCUCGGUGCCCGAGGUCCAGUGGGAAGCUGAAUUCUUCACCCUCCAGGACAACAACAACAAGCUGGUGGCGGCCCUGCAGGAAGCCAACGCCGGCGUGGAGCAGUGGAAGAAGCAGCUGGCCGCGUACCAGGAGGAGACGGAGACGCUGCGGCCGCGGGUGGCUGAAUUGGAGCUGCAGAGAGCCCAUAACUCCUCCCCCGAGGGCAGCAAGGAGGAGCUGAGCCAGACGCUGGAAGAGCUGGAGCUGCUGAUCAAGGCCAAAGACGAGGUAACAGCAGAGGCGCAGAUGGUGGGGCAGUGCCGGGGCGGCCUGACCGCAGCGCCCCCAGGGAGGUCACUAGGACGAGGCCCAACAAGGAGUGAAUCUCCCCCCAUGCUACCCUCUGCCUCCCUCCCUCCCUGGCCGGUGGAAUCCCAGACCCAUAUUUCCUCCUGGUCCGGUCUCUCCGCUCUCAGGGGGUACGUCUACACUAGUGUGCACUGUUAA